UCACUCAACGGUUACCUUACAUCCAUAAACGUAAUUUACAAAAAAUAAUUAUAAAAAAAUGAAAAUCUGCGAUUUAAAUUUACGCUUGUAUGGAAUAACAAUUAUAAUUAAUAUUAUGUCGUUUUUGGUGGGUUUCUUUUUCGCUUGGACAUCACCUGCAAUUCCAAAAUUAAAAACGCCCAACGAAUAUAAUCCGUUAGACCACGUUUUAACGUCUGAAGAAGAAUCUUGGUUGGCUUCUUUAAUGCCACUUGGAGCAGCUACGAGUACAUUCAUCUCUGGAUACGCCGCUGAUAAAAUCGGAAGAAAAUCAACGUUAUUUUUUUCGUCACUUAUCACAACAAUCGGGAUAUUAUUAAGCAUCAUUGCGACGGGUAUAAGAUAUUUAUAUUUGUCAAGAUUUUUUAGUGGACUUGGCGCUGGGACGGUUUUUACUGUGAUUCCGGUUUUUGUUGGGGAAAUCUCGGAAAUUAAUAAUAGGGGGAUUUUGGGUUGUGUGAUGGUUUUAGCGAUUACUCUAGGAAUUGUUUGUACUUAUAUAAUAGGGCCGAUUAUUUCGUUGAUUGAUUUAUCUUACUUACAAUUAAGCGUAUCGAUGACUUUUUCUGUAUUUUUAAUUAUGAUCGUGCCGGAAAGUCCGUAUUUUUACGUCCAAAAGGAUAAAUAUAAUAACGCUUAUUCGUCUUUAAGAAAAUUGAGAGUUUGUGAUAACGAUCGAAUCGUGAAUGAAUUUGAAGAAAUUCGAAAAUCUGUACAAGUCUCUUUAGAAUCACCGAUAUCUCUCGGGGAUAUUCUGAAAAGAACCGAAUUAUUUCGGGGGAUUAUUAUCACGUGUUCUUUAGUUAUGUUUCAACAACUUUCUGGUGUUAAUGUUAUUUUAUUUUUUUUGCAUUCGAUUUUUAAAGAAACUGGGAGCACGAUUUCGCCGGAUUCGUCUGCUAUAACAAUAGGAAUCGUUCAAGCUUUAGCAUGCACGAUCACGUCGAUUUUCGUCGACCGAUUGGGGAGAAAAAUCUUAAUGUUAAUAUCUUGUAUUGGUGGCUCGUUGUCGUUAACAACAUUCGGAAUUUAUUUUUAUCUUAAAGAAACGAAUCAUAAUGUAACUUCCAUUUAUUGGUUACCAAUUUUAAGCAUCGUUUUCUUCAUGAUCGCUUACUCCUUAGGGUUAGGUCCCAUUCCUUUCGUCGUUUUAAGCGAAAUUUUUCCAACUGGCGUGCGGUUUUUAGCUUCAACCAUAACCAUUUUUGUUUGUUUGUUGUUCACUUUUUGCACCACAACUUUUUUCCCGAGAUUAAUCGAGUUUAUUGGGAUGGCUUACACGUUUUGGAUGCUUGCGGUGUUCUGUUUCAUCGGGGCUACUUUUGUAUUCGGAUUUUUACCCGAAACUAAAGGAAAAACUUUUCAGGAAAUUCAAGAAAUUCUCAGAGCGCCUUAA